AUGAAAAAUGUAGUGACUAACGAGAUAUUGGAGAAAUCGUUCAAAACAACCGGGAGAGAUAUGAUCGUACGCGCGCUUCGGGAUACGCAGAAAGAUAUCUCGGACGAUGUGGAAAAAGUGCAAAACAACGUGGAAGAAUUCUCAAAUAGUGUAAAUGCAUUAUUGAUGAAAGUGUCCAACGAGAUUCAUCGAGGUGUAACUGAUUUGCAUCAACAAAUGCUUAAUAUGGUGACGAAAGAGACAUUGGAGGAAUCGUUUAAAACGAUAGGGAAAAAUACGUUCACGCAGGCGUUUCAAAACAUAUUUGAUGAUAUUAAGAUGUUGCAUCACGGUAGGGAGAUGAGUAUCGAGAAACGAAAACUCGUGAAAGAACUCCACGCACCCGCGCGAAGAAAUUUUCCACGUCGUCGCGUCGUGGUGCACGGUCGCGAUGAUUUAUGGCAAGCCGACGUGGUCGAGAUGCGUCCUUACGCGCGAUUCAACAAAGGUUACAAUUACAUUUUAACAGUUAUCGAUGUUUUGAGUAAAUACGCAUGGGCUAUACCACUCAAGAGCAAGAACGGAAACGAUGUGGCUGCAACGUUAUCUACAAUAUUUCGUGAGGACGAACGAUACCCACAAAACCUGCAAACGGAUCAAGGAAAAGAAUUUUACAACGCUACCGCUACAAUGCAGAAAAACAUUGUUAAGAGAUACAACAUAAAUCAUUAUUCUACGUAUUCAGUGAUGAAAGCGUCGGUGGUGGAACGAUUCAACCGUACACUUAAGAAUAACAUGUGGAAAACGUUCACGUUAAACGGUUCGUACAAAUGGAUCGACGAGCUACCGCGUCUAUUGUCAGAUUAUAAUCAUCGUAAACAUCGAACCAUUGGGAUGCGACCGAUACACGUAACAUCCACCGUUGCAAAACGACUCUUGUCGACGGUAUACAGUCAUGUCAAAAUUGUCGCUCCAACGAGGUUCAAAAUAGGCGAUCCAGUACGAAUUAGUAAAUUCAAGACAAUUUUUGAAAAGGGUUAUACACCUAAUUGGUCCACUGAGAUUUUCUACAUCGUUAAAACACAACGUACGAAUCCUGCAACGUAUCUACUGAAAGAUUAUCAAGGGAAGCCGAUAGCUGGUGGAUUCUACGAACAUGAAUUACAGCGAGUCUCCAAUCCUGACGUUUACCUCGUGGAAAAAAUACUACGCAAACGAGGAAAUAAAGUGUAUGUAAAAUGGUUAGGAAUGGACAAUUCACAUAAUUCUUGGAUAGAUAAAACGGAUGUAUUGUAA